AGAAAACGGUGGCAUCUCUUCCCUCCAGAAGACACCUCCUUCCUGUAUCCCACUAGAAUUCCUUACGAAGAGUCGAGCGUGUUUAGCAAAGUUAACGUUGUCAACCCUAACGUCAAGAUGUUCCCUCAGUUUGGUCGCGCCAAGCCCCACAUUGUGACUCUACAUCCAGGACAGGUCCUGUUUGUCCCCAGGCACUGGUGGCACUAUGUCGAAUCUUUGGAUCCUAUCAGCGUCAGCAUGAACUCCUGGAUUGAACUGGCUGAAGACGACGAGGCCAGAGUCAGCGAGGCGUUGACACGCACCGCGGUCUACGCUCUGAAGUCCGCAGAGAAUUUGGCCGACGCUGGCAGCUGGCUCAAUCCCACAGAGGUUAACAUUAUGUCCCACGAAACCAAUCUGCGUUACCUAAACCUUGCAGUUCAGGCUUGCAACUCGAAGCCUUACCUGCCGUUAUCCCCCUCCCCAAAUGAUGGGACCUCACCAGCGAGGCGUUCAUCUUCCAACGUGUUUCCCGCCUCCGAGCGAGACCCCGUGGGAGAUGAAUCCGCCAUUCCGUUUGGUCCCCACCUCCUUCCGGUUGGUACGGCUCACGCAGGAAGCGGUGGGUCGGGCUGUGUUUCGUGCGACUCUGAGCAGUGCGAGGGACCUCUGGAUGGAGAUGACGUGGAGCUCACCCAUUGUCGGGGAAGGACAGGCCUGAGUAUUGGGUGCGUGGCGGCUGGGUGUGAUGGCACGUUGUCAAGCGGAGGGGGAGAUGGUGGGAGCGAGGAUGGGCUGACCACCGAUGACUUGCUGGAAUGUUUGGUUCACCCUGACGUUAUUCGGUUAGCGACUCGAAUCCUGCUGGACAGGCAAAGCUCCCGUUAGUCACACCAGCUCGUCCAUGUUUCGUUUGUCUCAACCGAGCUCCCCGUCGGUGCCCUGUUCAGGUGGACGUUAAAGAUCUCGCGGCGCUAUUCAAAA